AAUCUGUUCUGUUCUAGUGUCGAGACCGUUGCCGUUGCCAUUGCCAUUACUUUUGUUGUUUUGUUAAUCAAUUAUUAUAUACCUGAAAACACGUUGAUUAUUGAAACGAAUGGUGAAAUAAUUGACGAAAAUACUAAGCGUUUGAAUGCUAUCAAAAUUGAACAUUCGCCUCGUCAAAAUAACCUAGUACGACUGCCGGUAUGGAGCCCAAAAAUGAAAUAUUUUCCAAAAGACUGGUAACAGCAGUGCUAUGGAACCUCGGACUUCAAAUAUUUCUGGCUGUUGUGUUGGUGUUUUUUAUUCAGGUGGAUAUUCUACAUCCGCUCUCAUGGUUUGCGUCGACGUUCAAUGACAUAUUUGGGUGGAAAAUGGGCCUGAAUAUAGUGCUGCUGGGUUUGGUUUCGUUCUUUCAAGCAUAUAUUUAUGGCAGCUAUUACAUGGUUCCUUUGCCUAAGUACUUCACCAGAUUUUCAAUGUUCUUGAAUUUAUUCACGACUCAAAAUGUGAUAUUCAGCAUUUUAUAUGCACUAAGUGGUUACUUUACAAUGAGCUUGUAUUCGUCUCUUGCUAAAAGCAACUUUAAUGUUCUGAAAAAGAAAUGUGAUAAUUAUGAUGGCCAAUGUCUCAUGGAGCAAAGUCUGUUUUUACAGUUUGGCGGGAUGUGGAUGGGUCUGUAUUAUUUUUUAAAUGCACACAUUUUUAGUACACCCAUGCUAAUGUUUCCACAUGUAUAUCAAAAUAAAUUCCAACAGUUAAAACAAGCUAUUGGAAGAAUUUUGUCAAUGGGAUUUAAGAAUUCUGUAAUGCCUGUUGUAUAUUUCUGUUUGAUUUACUACUUGUGGGGUAAUAGACCCAGGAGCGUUGUCUCUGAUGUCUACAGCCUGUACCUGGAAGAUGCUCCAUUGGACAAUGUAUUAAACUUGAUAAGAUCUGGCAUUUGGAUUGGACUCUGGUUCUAUACUAGUUUGUUUUUCGUCUCUGUGUAUACAAUGAGAACAAUCUUUAACAUAGUGUUGACGGAACCAAUGAAAUUUCAAAUUGAAUCAGAAACUGGUUUAACCCUGUAUGCAGCAUUAGCUCAGAGAACACAGUUCACUGGAUAUUUAGGGGCUCAAGACUUGAAGAUAGUGUCUCAAAUGGACUCUGUAAGGAGAAUGCAGAUUUUUAUGUUAUCACAGCCAGGAGGCCAUCCAAGAAACUGGAACCAUAUCUUAGAAUCUUGUUUAAAUAUAAUCAAUGGUUAUACAAAAGAAUUGGAAAGCAUUAACAGUGAUGUGAAACCAAUUGAAGUUGGCACCUCACAAAAGAACAUGAAUAUCACACCCCCUUCAGGGCCACUAUAUUCUGGAAAUUUGAGAAACUUGGCACAAACUUUACACCCUGAUAUACCAAAAGAUUAUAAUUAUAAUCUUAAUAAAAACAAAGCUAAUGAGAUCACAUUUGCAAAGGCUCUUAAAGAAGAAUUUAACAGUUUGCUACAGAGGAUAUGCCAGAAGCCAGGAAUCAGUUAUUUCUUUGGAGAGCUGACAGACACAAAGCUCAAAUUCCUGCUAAUGCAGGCUCAGCCAGUGAUGUGGACAUGUGAGGGCCUGGCGUUCAUUGUGUCCGCAUCUUUAAAGGAAGAUAAGUAUGGAGUGGUACAGAAUGACUUGCCAAUUGUCAUUUCGGCAUUAAUUAAUCUGAAGAGCAAUUUAGACAAGUUAACUAAGCUAGGACUGGUACCAAAGAAACACAUGCUGAAUGAUGUGUUUGCUAUCAAAAUGAAGUCUGCUCUCAUGACUUCAGUCAAAAGGAGUAUAUACAAAAUAGUUAUCACUUUCUCAAAGUAUCUCCAUGAGGUACCUAUGGAUCCUGAUGUACAACUUGCUGUCCAACCAUUCUUAUUGUGUAAAGAACCCUGACUGUUGUAGACAACUUUAGCUUUUUACUGUUAUCAUUAAUAAUAAUAAUAUUAUGUAAUGUUAAAGAUUUGAUUAAGUUAAAUCUGUGGCAACUUAGAUCUUACUUAGAAUGAAAUACUUUUGUAUGAUCUAAACUGUUGUGACAAGUAACUGACAAAUUAAUCCAUGAGUAAACAAGCAUCUAAAAUGUUUCCUAGGAAAUAUUGUAACAUUGUUCAUAACUAUUGUAGUAGUAAUUCUAUAGUCUGUGAUAGUAUUAUUAUUUCGAGUAAUGCCUAUAAAAAGCAGAAUUUCAAAGUAAUAGGGUUAAAUUUUGUAUAAUUUCUGAAACUCUUGAGCUUUAUGGUUAAGGAAAAAAAAGAUUGCUUUAUGAACAUAUUUUUAUUAAAAGUUCUACAACAUCAAUAAACAACAAAUAAUUAUCAAAUAUAAAGUAACCACCUAUUACUACAUGCACCAUUUUGCUCAGGUAGUUAGAGAUAAAAUGUUUCUAUUUAUUAUUUCUGUUCUUUGAUCAGACUUGUCAAGCAGUCAAUGCAUGUGUAAUUAAUUCAUAUAGCUUAAGUUUGGUGUCAUCAAAAGGAAAGUCCUAAGAUUCAAACACUAUAUGUGAUGGACUUCUAGUUUAAUCCAAUGUUUUAGGCUAAAUAAUUCUAAGCUGUAUAUUUCUAGUUAGUAUUGCUUUAAUUUCAUGGAUAAGAAAACUUUCUUUAGAAUGUUCAUCCACAAUACAAAUGUGUGUUUGAUGUAAGGCAUGCAUAAUUAAAUUAUUUAAUUAAUUUGUGCA